AUGAAGCUCGGUUUUUCUCUUAUCACCAUUGCAGUGCAGGUUGCCGUCCUCGGGCUUAUGGUGGCUGCCAUGCUGGUGCCAACGAACAUUUUGAUUGAACGCCGUCUAGGAAUGAUUUUCUCUUUCUAUUUUUUCAAGUGGGUGGACACCUUUGGGCCUGUAUACCCAAUACACGAGCUUGAGUGUACUGAGAUAAAAAGGACGUUGCAGGCUGGCGCGGCAUUUUCAGUUAUUUCAAGUGUUCUCUCUGUUGCCGUUGUGGUCCUGCUCAUCUUGAGGGGAAAGUUCUCUGGGUUGAAUUGGGCGCCACGGAUAGCUGCGAUGCUCUGUGCCAUCGCCAUUCUUAUUGCGAUGAUUGUGAUUAUUGUUGUGAGGUUCCUGGACUGCGGUGAGAUGGAUGAGAUGUUCGGGGAUUACGUGCCCAAGGACUCCAACAAUAGAGGUGAUGGGGGGUUCUGCGUAGGAUUUACUCUUGUGUGUGUUGCUCUUGGAUUAGAGAUUGUCGUUGUCGUACUUUCCUUCGUAUUCUGA